ACAGAUACGGAAGUUAGUUCGCCCUGACCGCUACAAUUUCUCAGUUUGUUUGUUUUAACGACGUCCUUUUGCAUUUAUUUUUUAAACACAAGAAUGAUUUAUGUAUUUUAAUAAUGUUUAAAUCACACGAUGUAACACUCACUUUGUUUCGAAGUUUGCGCCAGUGUUUACGAGUCAGGCAGAGUUGCUCCGCGGAAGGAUCUAUGCCUCCGCCAGCUCUGGCGUGGAGCGUAAUUUGAAUUUGUCCUCUGCUCUCUUGUCGUCUUUUUUAUUUUGUAGGACCAUGCGUUAAAGCAAUGACUGGCCUUUUUUUAUGACGUUACCGUCUAUACGUGUUAUUUUACAUAUAUAUUUUAGCAGCUCUAAUCAUUUACCUUUAACUUCACGAGAUGGCGACAGCAGAGGUGAACUCCGCAGGACCACAGGGAGAUCAGAGGGAGAAGAUGUUGCCCCCCUCGGAAGAGGACGCCCCUCCUGUUUCAAAAGGCACCUCAGCAUCGCUGAAUUUCUCCGCGCUCACACCCUGUCAGUUCGGCAUCUCUGCCCAGAGUUUCACCCCAGCCACGUCGUCGUCGUCCAACCGCAAAGACAAGUCUCGUCUAGCACAAAUGAAGGCAAGGCGGCGGUCGGGCAUUGGCGUUCGAGGCUCCCCGGAGACAAACUCCCUCAUCCGCUUCAUGGCGCAAGAGAGGAUGAAGACUCCUCCAUCAACCCACCGAACUCCAGAGCAUGUCAGGAAUAGCCCCUUCCUUCCCCGGGUCGCGUCCACACUGAGGCAGAAGAUGGCCUCCUUCCAGAGCCUGAUGGGUGUGGAGGAGAGUGAGGCCUCUGAUCCGAUGCCAAGGCAGGACAGCUACACUGGAGGACACAUCAAGACAAGAGAUUAUCUGUCUGAUGAAAACAGCAAGGAGAACCACCCACCAAUGAUGAUGCCCUCACCCGGAAAGAGGAGGUGCUUGGGGCCCCUUGAAGGCUGCGAGGUGGAGAUUAGAGAGGCCAGCGCUCCAAUCCGUCAGUUCAAGUUGAAGGAGCAGGAGGACAUUGAGGAACUGGUGACGCAGGUUUUGACACGAGGGCCAUUGCCAUCCACUGUGAUAGACGCCAAGGCUGUGCUUAUUUCCCCACCCCUGCAUGUUGACUUUGAGCCCCAGGCCUGUUCCCAUACUAAGAAACAACAGGAUUGUGUGGUUGAACUCCAAAGACCCAGCCUACCGCUGGCUGAUGACCCUGGCACCCCUUUCGUCCUCCCCUCCCUCCCCUCUCUGCUGGAGAUGAAGCCCACAGGAGAGAAUGAUUCUGCUGGGAUGUCCGCCGUUAAGAAGAAAAAGAGGGUCCACUUCGGCGGCCCACUCUCUCCCGAGUUCUUCGAUAAGAACCUGCCCCCCAGCACCCCAUUACAGAAAGGUGCCACGCCGGCCCAAGCGCCCACACCAGGUGGUGUGCAGUUCCGCUCACUGCUGAAGACGCCACAGAGGAGUGAACCACGGCCUACACAAGCUCAGCCGGACCUCGGCUGCCCCAUCACGUUUGGUGCCUCCCCCACACUUACAAUGCCUAGCCACUUCCGAAUGCAGUUUGAGGGAGAAGACGUUGAGGAGAAGGACGGAAAGAUCGUUUUCCCUUCAAUGGAGGAAAUUGACUCUGCAGUGACAAGUGACACAGCCUAUGUAUGGAACCCCCAACCAUUGAACUUAGAUGCUGCAUUCCACGAGGAGUGUCUUUCUCAGACCGUGACAGUGUCUGAGACUACACCCAGCACAUCCUCUGAGGUGUGUGUCCUGGAUGAUCCCGCAUCUCUGCCAGAGGAGAAACGACCUGAAGUCGGCGUUGAAGCUCCAACUUCAGUCAGAUCUAACAACCGCAGGAAAAAGGCAGAUCCAGAGUUUGAAUCUACCAGUGAGGCUCCAGCUCGCACCAGGAGUCGAAAGAGAAAGCUCCCUCAGCAACCAGAGGAGAGUGAACCUGUGAAGCGGUCGACGCGCUCUGCUGCCAAGUUGGCCUCUGGGAAGAUGAAGACGACCUCCACAGCGACGCGUCAGUGGAACAGGGAUGUGGACCGCUCGCUGUAUGGCUCUCGGGACUACGCCUCCAAGGACCCCGCCCUGAGUCCCAUCACCGAGAGGCUGUCUUUCACCAGUCAGUCUCCAGCAGCACAGCACACUCCCUCUGCGGCCUGCACUGCUACAAAUCCGGAGACCCACUCGAGCCACGAGAUUGCUAACGAUAAUGAGGCGACGGGGGAGCUCACUGUGACACAAGCCUUUGAAAAUCCGCCAGAAGAUUCCAUCACAUCUCCUGACUCCAGUAAAGAAAGCAGAAGAGGGAAAGGCAUGAGGCUGUCAGGGCAGAGGUCCAGAGGGAGAGGAAUGAAGAAAAGGAAGGUCAGUGUUGCUGACUGUGACUUGCUCAGUGAGGUGCCUCUGGACCAGACUGCAGGAAAGACAGAAGAACACUGUGAAGACCAAACCGCUACACGCCUCGAGGCAUCAAGGGAAACCCCAUUGUACCACACUGCACUGAUAAGGAGGGGGGUUGACCACGAACUUGAUGCCAAGACUUCUGCAAUAAUACCCAGCGCAAAAUCAGAAUGUGAUAUCGGUCUGAACCCCUGCCCGGCUUUGGGAGAAGAACUCACCGACUUGAAUCUGCCAGCAGAGCUACCGCAAAGAGAAGCAGAGCAGGGCACGAGGAGCGCCGUAAACAGCUCAGUCCUCCAGGAGCAGGGGGAGCAGCAGCUGAACGAGCACCAGAGGAGCCAUGAAGAGGAGGAGAAUUUACACGGAGACCAAGCAGCAAGUCAGCAUGAAAACAGCAGCAGGUCAAGCCAGGAAGACGGGGGACUGUCUGACUCGCACCUGGCUCCCUGGCAGGCCGACUUUAAUUUUGAGGAUAUAUUUAAACCUGUCGCCACUAGGGGGCAGCAGUCGGUGCGCCGCAGCCUGAGGAACCAGAGCCACAGCAACAACAGCGCGGGUCUCGCCUGGCUGCCGUGGACCUCUCCCGACUCCGGGAAAGAGGGCCGCAGGAAGACCCGGGGUCGCCAGCUCUCUGCUGCUCUCCCUGUCCCCCCUUCAGUCUCCGAGGAGACACGAGACAACACCUCAUGAGACACCUUACAUCGGUCACAUGGGGCUGCUUAUUUUAAUGAACUGAGAUGAAGGGGAUGAACUGAUUUUUUUUUAUUACGCUGCCAUACAAAACCUAACCUCCCUGUUUUCUUAAAAUUAGAUGGAAUGAUUUUUUUUCCCCCAAAGAAUGUUCUGAUUGUUUUUACAUCAUCUGAAACCUUCUUCUUUUUUUCUUUUCUUUCGGUGAAUUAUUAGAGCCGAGCAGUCAUUUGUAGCCAGAUUCCCACCGGUGAACCAAGCCAGUCGAUACCCAGAGAGCCCGGUCGUGUCUGCUGACCACCUCCCGAUCAAUAUCCAACGACCACUCAGCUGGUAAUCAAAGUGCAUCUUCAGUCUCCCUCUCCAAAGUCACUGGAUCAAGCAUGUCCAAGUCAAUAGCAAGGUUUUGUGGAUGGAUGAAGAUGGCUUUUUUUUUCCGAGGGGAGGGGUUGGAUGGAAUUCAACAGAUAGAAAGAAUGAUAUAGUAAGGCAGUGAAUUUGCCACACAGAAAUCAAAUUAAUAGGCUGGAAUGACUUUGUGGUGGUUCUGUUCUGUUUUUCCUUUAUUUUCCCCUCUCAGUGACAGUUUAACUCAGACAUCCCUGUUUGACUGCUGUAUCAUCGCCUUUGGUUGGUUUUAGGCUGCCAAUAAUUAAUAAUGAUAGGCCAGUCAAAUUGUAAUUGUCUUGUAAAUUGCAUCCAAUUAAACAUGAGUUGGUGUUUUA